AUGGGGGUGCUUUGGCGAAAAAGAUCCCUUUUGUUGAAACUAGUAGUGAUAGUAGGGACAGCGUGGUUCACGAUCGCGUUUUUACUUUAUUCGGACAAUGGUGCCACGUCUCCAAAUAGGAUCGAAAUGCCCGAAAUGUUGAGAGAGCGUGAAAAUCGGGAAAAUCGUGUUUUAGACCGUGAAAAUGUCGAGAGGGUGGUCCCGUUCAGGACAGCUUCCAGUUUGAAGGUGGAAAGAAGGGAGGAGAAGCGAGAGGACGACGGGGGAGUUCUGGCGCCUCCCCAAGAUAACUACGGGGAGAUGGGGAAGCCUGUCGUGCUGCCUGCCAAUCUGUCGGCGGACGUUAAAAAAAUGGUGGACGACGGUUGGUUGAAAAACGCUUUUAAUCAAUACGCUAGCGAUUUGAUUAGUGUGCAUAGGAGCUUACCAGACCCUAGAGACGAAUGGUGCAAAAAGCAAACCUACCACUCUCGACUACCCUCCACCUCAGUCAUCAUCUGCUUCCACAACGAAGCGUGGUCGGUGCUCCUGAGAACUGUCCACUCUGUCCUCGACAGAUCGCCCUCCGACCUCAUCGAGGAGGUCAUCCUCGUGGACGACUUCUCCGACAUGGAGCACACCAAGGAGCAGCUGGAGGAGUAUUGGGCCAAAGAGCCCAAGGUGAGGAUCGUGAGGGCGAAGAAGAGGGAGGGAUUGAUCAGGGCGAGACUAAUUGGCGCCGCCCACGCCAAAGGCAAAGUCCUCACCUACCUCGACUCCCACUGCGAAUGCGCCCUCGGCUGGCUGGAACCCCUUCUGGACCGCAUCGCCCUCAACCCCACCAACGUCGUCUGUCCCGUCAUCGACGUCAUCGACGACGCCACCCUCGAAUUCCACUAUCACGACAGCGGCGGCGUCAACGUGGGCGGCUUCGAUUGGAAUUUGCAGUUCAAUUGGCACGCGGUGCCCGAACACGAGAAGAAGAAGCAUAAAAAUACGGCGGAGCCGGUCUGGAGCCCCACCAUGGCCGGGGGGUUGUUCAGUAUUGAUAAGGAUUUCUUCGAAAGGUUAGGAACCUAUGACGACGGUUUCGAUAUAUGGGGUGGAGAGAAUCUGGAACUGUCAUUCAAAACGUGGAUGUGUGGAGGCACCUUAGAAAUCGUCCCCUGUUCCCACGUAGGCCAUAUAUUCAGGAAACGUUCUCCCUACAAAUGGAGGCAAGGCGUCAACGUCCUUCGAAGGAAUUCCGUUCGGCUAGCCGAAGUAUGGUUGGACGAAUACGCGAAAUACUACUAUCAGAGGAUAGGAAACGAGAAGGACGAUUACGGUGACGUCAGCAAAAGGAAAGAGUUGCGGAAAAACUUGGGCUGCAAGAGCUUCAAAUGGUUCUUGGACACCAUUUACCCGGAGCUGUUCAUUCCCGGCGAAGCGGUAGCCAAUGGAGAGAUACGAAAUCUCGGAUAUGGUGGGAAAACGUGUCUCGAUUCACCUGCCAGGAAAGCCGAUAUGCAUAAACCGGCCAGCCUAUAUCCAUGCCACCGACAGGGUGGAAAUCAG